AUGUCUACAGAAGAACGAAUGCUUGAUUUAUCAUUGAUGAGUUGGAAUAUUUUAGCUCCUUGUUGGGUUAACAAAGAUUGGUAUCCAUCUUUAUAUGAAUUAGCUAUUGAUUCUAAAACAAGAUAUAAUAUUAUUUUAUCAAAAAUAUCUUCAAUGAAUUGUGAUAUUAUCAUUAUUCAAGAAGCACAACAAGAUUUUAUUUGUUUAUGUAAAGAAAAAUUUCAUGAUAAAUAUAUAUAUGAAUUUGCUCCAAAUAAUCCAACAAUGAGUUCAAUUUCUAAUGGACUUUUAACAUUAAUUAAUAAAAAUUGGAAAUAUGCAAAAGAAAUAAAUAUUAUUAAUGAAAUUCUUGAUAAUGAACAAGGAGAAGCAAUUCAAAUUAUUUCUAUUCAUUCAAAAAAUAUUCAUUUAAUUAAUUUACAUUUAGAUUAUAUUCAUUCAAUAUCACAAGCAAAACAAAUAAAAGAGAAAUGUAAACAAUUGUUAGAUAGUUCAAGUUUAAUUUCGAUUAUUGGUGGAGAUUUAAAUGCAACAAAAGAUAUUUAUGAUCAAUUCCAAUGGAUUGAAUAUAAUAAUAUAUUUAAUGAAUCAAUUGAAGAUAAGAUAAUACCAACAUAUUAUCCGGAUUCAUCUCAGAAUAAUUCUAAUUCAUCUAUUGAUCAUAUUUUUUAUGAUCCAAAACAAGUUAUAUUAAUUGAUUGUGGAAAAGCUUGGGAUGUUCAAAAUCGAUCAGCGGAAGAGACUUUAAAAAUGUUUGGCAGUGAUCAUAUUUAUAUUUGGGCGAAAUUUCAUUUUAUUUAA